AUGCAUAUAUCUAUCUAUCUAUCUAUCUAUCUAUCUAUCUAUCUAUCUAUCUAUCUAUCAUAUUAUAAAUUAAUUGAUUUAAACCAUAUUUUAAAUCAAUUAAAUCAAUUAAAUCAAUUAAUUUAUAAUAUUAAUGCUCUCUUUACCCUCUUUGACGUUUUUACUGUUUGGAUGCCACCUAAAAAAAGGAAACUUUUGGGACGGCGCACGGCAGCUGCCUCCGCUGCUAGAGCAGCGAGGGCGAGUGAAACCCCUGAACAGACUUCUUUGCGUCUUUCACAGAUGGCCUCGAGCUCAGCUGCUCGCUUAUCCAUGGGCGCCGCUGCGCGGACUGAAAGGUUGGCUUCAGCGGCUUCAACUAUGUCCUCACGCCACGCCAGGCUUUCAGUUGAAGAGCGUUCACUUCAGAAUUCACAGGGCGCAGUCCGCGUGGCUAGGUUGAGGGCUUCACAGUCCCCAGCACAGAAAACCCUUCGUCGUUUGCGUGAUGCCAUCGUCAAAGCUUGCUCCAGGAGUUUAGAAAGCCCUGAACAAACAACUUCACGUCGUCAUAGGAAUACUAGGGCUACAGCCGCCUCUAGAGCUUUGGAACAACCUCAAGAAACUGCUCAUCGUCGCUUUAGAAAUGCCCUAUCCACCGCAUCUGCCAGAGCCUUAGAAAGCCCUGCACAGACCACUGUUCGUCGGAUUAUAAAUGCCCGCUCCACUGCAUCUGCUAGAACCCUAGAAAGCCCUGCACAGACCACUGUUCGUCGCGUUAGAAAUGCCCGCUCUACUGCAUCUGCCAGGGUUGCAGAAAACUCUGAAGUACGCCGUCAACGGCUCGAAAACAUUAGCUCAUUUCGAGCUUCUUUGAAUGGCGUAACUUUGCCGAGAGACGUACAAAUAGGGGCUAUGGAUAAAGUUUGCACUUUUUGCAACGCACAAAAGUGGGCCGGUGAGCAACCUGGGCUUUGUUGCUCUGGGGGCAAAAUCAAACUCCCUUCUUUAGACGAGCCUCCCCAGACACUUAGGGACCUCCUUCUGGGUACAACUUCGGAGUCAACGCAUUUUCUUGAAGCAAUACGGAAGUAUAACAGUUGCUUCCAGGUGACGUCUUUUGGUGCGAAGGCUAUUAGUGAAGGGGAAUGGAUGCCUACUUUCAAAGUGCAAGGCCAGUGUUGUCAUCGAUGCAGACACGGUGAGCAUGAGCGUCGCUUCAGUGUUCCUGUAUGUAAUGAAAUUGCCGCAGUCAUCCACAGUGAGGAGCAUAACAGCUGUGACAUUGUCAUAAAAUACCGGGGCGGUGGUCUGCGCCUCAUCAGUGAAACCCACCGUUCAUACGACUGUCUCCAGUACCCCCUUCUUUUUCCAUACGGAAGCGAUGGGUACCACUUCAAAAUCCCAAUAUGCCAGGCAAGCAGCGAUUCCAUGUCGACCUCAAAGACAGUCUCCUGCCAGCAGUACUCACACCACCCUGACCUAAUUGCCCGCGUUUUCCAGUUACAGCUGCGUAAGCUUAUGGAUUUGAUCCUUAAAGGGCAAGUCUUCGGACGCGCCAAGUGUCAUAUGUUCGCAGUGGAAUGGCAGAAACGCGGUUUGCCUCAUGCCCACAUCCUGCUGUGGCUCAACGAUAAGGUUGACGCAAACAAAAUAGACAAUUUUAUUUCUGCUGAAAUUCCGGAUCCUGCGCUGGAGCCUUUGCUCCACGAAAUCAUUAAGAAAAAUAUGAUACACGGCCCCUGUGGUGCGAAUUACGAAAAAAGGUCAUGUUGGUCAAGCGGCCCCACUUGUGCAAAGGGUUACCCCCGUAAGUUUAUCUCAGAAACGCAGACUGCGACGGAUGGUUACCCACUGUACAGACGUAGAAGCCCCGCUGAGGGCGGCAGAACUGUGACAGUUAAGGGGCACACUCUGGACAAUAGGUGGGUGGUGACUUAUUGCCCGCUGCUGUCCAAGACUUUUGGAGCCUACAUAAACGUUGAAUACUGCCACUCGGUUAAGUCAAUAAAGUACAUCUGCAAGUACGUUAAUAAAGGAAGCGAUGCAGCUGUCUUCGGUAUCCGGUGCGACAAUUGCGUUGACGAGGUGACCGAUUACGUGGCUGGACGCUAUCUCAGCAGUAGCGAGGCCUUUUGGCGAAUUUUCGGAUUCCCCGUACACCAAAAGGCUCCAGUCAUUGUGCAGCUUGCUAUUCACUUAGAAAAUGCAGGUUGCGGAAAACCCUAA